GGGUGGUCAGUCUGCUGGAUUGGUAGGGAUGUGGGCGUUGGCUGUCCCUUUGCUACAGGUCGGUCUUUGGGCGGGGAGGGUACACAGAGCCACAGCAGUGCUGGGCGCUGGGGAAGUGAUGCCCAGUCCUACUAAGCCUGGAAAGCCCUGCCAAGGUUGUUGACCUGGUUCCCGUUGUCCACUGCCUGGCAGCCGUGGUGUGUCUGCGGGCGAGGGGGGAGGGAGGGAGGGUUGUAGCAUGCAGCAGACCUCCAGUGUCCAGGCUCUUCCCUGUGUCUGGACUUUGGGACCAUGUGACCCACAGCUGUAAGGUGGUUGGGCCAGGAGCUGUGGAUACCUUUGAAUGCCAGAACCUCCUAUGCUAGAGUAUUGGGUGGGGCCAGGUAGGAUCAGGGGAUGUGGGAGAAGGCAGGGGGAUCUACCAUUCAGUGAAGCACUCUCUCCCACCCUUGGCCCUGGACAAAUGGCCUUUGCCAGGUGGCCCCUUGGGAAUCUAGAAUUGCCUUGGUCAUAGUUCAAAUCUUGCACAGUAUACCCCUCCCAGCCCCCCUCCCUGCUGCCCAGGGUUUGGACACAGACAGCCGCCACCCAGCCCAACCUUGUUCGUUCCGUCUGGGGUGAUGGGCAUGGAGCCAGGCACUGGGGAGGAUUUGGCAAGUGGGAGCUGCCCCUGCUGGCUGGGUCACCCCUCGUCUCUGCCCUCUUGGUACUGAAUAACAGGAGGGAGGGGGUAGUAACCCGGACGUAGUAUUGAGGUUGGACAGACAGGGCAUUGAUGGGAACAGAUCCCCUUUGUUAUGCUGCCUCCCCCCACACAGGGGCACCCAGAAUGAUGGACUGCAGGGACCCAUGGGGACUCUCCUCCCUGUCUCCAGGGGGUCCCCCUGCUGGUCUCAGGGAGUCCCACCUGCUCUGCCCCAGCUCUGGCAGGGAGGGAGAACAUUUGCGUCUCUUCUUUGCACACCCUCGCCUUGGGUCCCUGGCCAGGGGAUUGUUUGGGUGGAGGAGGGGCUGUGGCUGCUGGCAGAGUGGGUGGAGGGGGGAGCGGAAGCAGAGGGGCGGGGGAGUGGCCGCCUUUGAAUAUCCUGUUGACCCUAGUUUCCUCUGCCCCCAGCUUGUGUCCUCUUCCCUCCCUCCUCUUCAAGUCUUAACUCCUUCCUAACUUGGGGGAGAGCCGGCCUGGCUGCCUAGAGGCCUGGGCUUUAUACCCAGCCAACUCCCACCCCACAUCCCCAGGUGAAAAGGAAGGUGCUGUGGGGUUGGGGGAGAGACAGAUGCCAGCCAUACCUAGAAGCAGAAUCUUUGAUGUGGUGAAAAAAUGUGAAAUUGUUCACUACAGAUGAUCAUCUGGUGAGCAAGGUAAGCAGCGUGCUCACCUUGCGUAUUGGAUAAUACCUGCCUGCCUGGGAAAGAUCCUGAGGCCAGGUAGGGUGUUAAGGAAUUCCACCUGGGUCUCUAACUGCCUCCUCCCCUCUUCUCUCUCUAGCCAUUGAGACCCAGAGCAGCAGUUCUGAAGAGAUAGUGCCCAGCCCUCCCUCACCGCCCCCUCUUCCUCGCAUCUACAAGCCUUGCUUUGUCUGUCAAGACAAGUCCUCAGGCUACCACUAUGGGGUCAGCGCCUGUGAGGGCUGCAAGGGCUUCUUCCGCCGCAGCAUCCAGAAGAACAUGGUGUACACGUGUCACCGGGACAAGAACUGCAUCAUCAACAAGGUGACCCGGAACCGCUGCCAGUACUGCCGGCUGCAGAAAUGCUUUGAAGUGGGCAUGUCCAAAGAGUCUGUGAGGAACGACCGAAACAAGAAGAAGAAGGAGGUGCCCAAGCCAGAGUGCUCCGAGAGCUACACGCUGACACCGGAGGUGGGGGAGCUCAUUGAGAAGGUGCGCAAGGCGCACCAGGAAACCUUCCCUGCCCUCUGCCAGCUGGGCAAAUACACUACGAACAACAGCUCAGAACAACGUGUCUCUCUGGACAUUGACCUCUGGGACAAGUUCAGUGAACUCUCCACCAAGUGCAUCAUUAAGACUGUGGAGUUCGCCAAGCAGCUGCCCGGCUUCACCACCCUCACCAUUGCCGACCAGAUCACCCUCCUCAAGGGUGCCUGCCUGGACAUCCUGAUUCUGCGGAUCUGCACGCGGUACACACCCGAGCAGGACACAAUGACCUUCUCGGAUGGGCUGACCCUGAAUCGGACCCAGAUGCACAAUGCUGGCUUCGGCCCCCUUACCGACCUGGUCUUCGCCUUCGCCAACCAGCUGCUGCCCCUGGAGAUGGAUGAUGCCGAGACAGGGCUGCUCAGCGCCAUUUGCCUCAUCUGUGGAGAUCGGCAGGACCUGGAGCAGCCAGACAGGGUGGACAUGCUGCAGGAGCCACUGCUGGAGGCACUGAAGGUCUAUGUGCGGAAACGGAGGCCCAGCCGCCCCCAUAUGUUCCCCAAGAUGCUGAUGAAGAUCACAGACCUGCGAAGCAUCAGUGCUAAGGGGGCUGAGCGGGUGAUCACGCUGAAGAUGGAGAUCCCAGGCUCCAUGCCACCUCUCAUCCAGGAAAUGCUGGAGAACUCAGAGGGCCUGGACACGCUGAGUGGACAGCCGGGGGGCAGGGGACGGGACCGGGAUGGGGGCGGCCUGGCCCCCCCGCCAGGCAGCUGUAGCCCCAGCCUCAGCCCCAGCUCAAACAGAAGCAGCCCGGCCACCCACUCCCCAUGACCACCUGUGCCCCAUGGACACAGCUCAUGCCCCAUGCCCCGGCUUUUCUCUGCCUUUCUACCAGCCGUGUCACCCCUGCCAGCCCUGCCCCCACUGUCUUCCCAGACAGAACCGGGGACCUUCCCCUGGGGGGUGGGAGGGAGGAGGCUGCGACUCUUCAGACAGAGGCCCGGGCUGCAAUGGACUGACCGCUCCUGCUGCCUGGCUGACUUCCGGGUGCAAGGCAGUGAACUGAGCGAGCACCCCCGGUCCUGGGCCUCGGGAUGGGGCACCUGGGGGCCUCGUGUUCAAGACACCCCUCUGCCCAUCUCGCCACAUCUUCAUCACCAGCAAAUGCCAGGAACUGGCUCCCCCAUCCUCAGAACUCACAAGCCAUUGCUCCCCAAUUGGGGACCCUCUCCCCCCUGCCUUGGUUGGUGAUGGGGUGGGCCAGGGGUGGGGAGCUUCCCCCUGUUCAUACCCUGUCAUACCAACCCCCAGGUAUUAAUUCUCGCUGGUUUUGUUUUUAUUUUAAUUUUUUUGUUUUGAUUUUUUUUUUAAUAAGAAUUUUCAUUUUAAGCACAUUUAUACUGAAGGAAUUUGUGCUGUGUAUUGGUGGGAGCCGGAUCCAGAGCUGGGGGGUGGGUCCUGGGGGAGGGGAGUGGCUCAGAAGGGGCUCCCCAUCUCCUUCCACGUCCCUGUGCCCCCUUACCUCCUCCUCAGCCUUUUACGCCUCAGUUUUCUCUUUAAAACUGUGAAGUACUAACUUUCCGAGGCCUGCCCUCCCCUCUUUCAGCCAGCUCCCCUUCUCCCUCUGCCUAACCAGUGGGUGUGGACAGUUUCAGGAAGCCCCUGGAAGGAGGGGGCUCCCAGCCUUUGGCACCUGCCUCUGCCCUGAGUGAGAGACAGGCAGGGGCAGAGCACGGGGCUCCUCAGAGCACACAGUGUUUCUCAGCCCUGUCUCUUUGGGCAGAGCUGCCUCCCCAUGGUGCCCACACCAUCUAAGACCCCAGCCCCCACUGUGAAGGGGCCUGCCCAGGGGUCUGAGCUGCCCUGGCGCCAGCCUCACAGCCACCAGCACCCCACACAGGCCCCCCAGACACACACACACAGAUUAGCUGACAGACACACUUGGGCUGAGUUCAUUUCCCCAGCCCAGCCCCGCUGCCUGCCCCACACCCUUACCCCCUCCUUGCCCCGCAGGACGGGCCUGUAGGGGGUCCCCCCCUCAUCCCCGCACCCCUGGAUUGGGGGAGCUGGCUCUGCCCUGCUCUCCUCUCCUCUACCCAGGGUUGGGGUCUCAUCCCCCUGGAGCCCGCUGGUGCACCUGUUACUGUUGGACUUUCCACUGAGAUCUAGAUAAAGUUAUAUUUAUUCUA